AUGUCUAAAGAAAAUCUUUUUCCGCAUCGUUGUUCACCAUCGAGCUUAUGCCCAAUCUGUGGGAAGUGUGAUGAAUCAAUUGAGCACAUUCUUUUUCAAUGCCCAUGGGCAAGGGCCAUCAGGCAAGGUAAUGACUUCAGUUGGUAUAUCUGGAAAGCGAGAAAUAACUGGGUCUUUAAUCAUAACCCCUCAUCUCCUUCACAAGUCUUGGCACAAGUGGGGGACUACUGGCAGGAGAUCUCGAAUUUGCAGCUCAUGGCUCGUGCUCAAAACGGCUCUGUCAGGCCUGCUCUUGGUUCGGUGAGGUGGACACCUCCUGACCAAGGACACUACAAGCUUAAUUGUGAUGCCAGCUUUGCCAAGGAUUGCUCGAAAACAUCGUUGGUAGUAAUUCUAAGGGACUGGAGAGGCAACCUCGUAGAUGGCACCACUACUAUGGUCCACGUGUCUUCAACAAUUCAAAGUGAAGCCCGAGCAGUUCGAAUGGCCUAUGCCUUUUCUCAAACCCUCAAUUUCUCACAAAUUCAAGUGGAGAAUGGCAGCCAAUCUGUUAUCAAAUCGAGAGUUUUUGAGCUAGUGCCCCCAUGGGAUUGUCAGGCUAUCAUCCAUGACAUUCAUUCUGCCAAAUCCAAUUGCCUCCUCUCUUUCCGCCACCGAGGGGCAAAUCGGCUGCUCAGUGGUUAG